CGGGGCUAAGUCAAGUUAGCCUGGGCCAGGUUAGGCUUUUGGAUCGCCCUCAUUGUGUCCUGAUUAAGUAUACAGGAAGCGAUAGCCAUUGGACGUCACGCCAAGCUAUAUGAAAGUCGAACAAAAAAAAGUCUUACUAGCUUGAGUCAUUUAUAUAUAUAAGAUCAACCGAUCCGACAUUAGAUUUUUUAUUCUGACUGCAGUGCGUCCGACAUCGUUUUGCAGGUUUUUAAAAAGAGUCCAGGAGAGCAAUAAGCGCCAAUCAAUCCAUUGAAAACUAUACUGUGAUUUAAAGAGAUUUUUCCACCCUGAACGGCAUGUAAAAGUCCCAAGAUGGUCAUUUCAAUUACAUUGGACGCGAUUAACGAGACCGGAAACAAACAAGGAUAUCCCACAGGACCGGCGAAACUGGGAUUUUUCGUAGAGGGAGAAACUAAAACUGCAGCAGAAAACGUUUUUGUGCUCGUCGUGCACUACGACUUCAAAUAUGGUGUGGGAGAAUGGCCACGGCCCGGUGACGAGCAGGACGUGGAAAAUUUAAGGAAAACUUUUGCCGAAAACAGAAACUGCGCAUUCCGCGAAUGUUCACCGAAAAGAGAGGACCUUCUCGCUCUGCUUCAAGACGAACAAAAACUGAAGAGAUUCUUCAGAGCCUCUGAAGUACCAGAUGUUUUCUUUUUGAUCAUUUUAUCACACGGAGCAGCGGACGGAGUGAUUUUUACGGACACUCAUCGCAGCCCAGGUCCAAACGAUUACGAAUAUUUCACCACAAGAGAACUCUUCAAAUCACUUAAAAAUACUUUUCCAAAAAGCUUGAAAACGGUCAUCCUCGGGCCAUGCAGAGGUCUACUAGAAGACGUCCAUCCCUCUCAAGUUAGAGCAGGCGGGAAAAAUGAACCUCAGGAAAGUCAAAACCCAACCAGAGUUUCCUUUGAGCCGAAAAUGCGCAACCUGACCAUCUUAUAUUCUACUGUUGAGACAACAUACUCGGCCAGAAAUGAAGGCGCCGGCACCUGGCUGAUCAAAUUUCUGUGUAACGAAUUGAAUGAAAUUCGACAAGACCAAGGACUAGUACAAUUUUUGACCGGCGUUCAGAACAGGAUUCACCGAGAGUCAUUUGGUUUACACGAACAGACUGGUCAGACGCCGGAAUUUAAAUUUUUCCCUUGUGUCAGAAAAUUCGUAAUCAGAGCCCUUCCAUCAUCUGCUUCUAAAAUCGGUACAAACUCAAAUAGUAGGAAAAUAGUCCGAUUCGUAGAGAAGCCGCGGUCGAUUCACUUUGAUUGGAUCGAUCCACAAACAGAUAAGGUUCUCAGAGGCAGGAGAGCAUUAAUUUUCCACCAAGGGGAAGAAAAUAAAUUGAUGAAAAAAUUAGACUCUGUCCUGGUAAUGAAUUUGGGCUUUGAAACAACUAGAGCGAAACUUGACAAGGAUGGGCUAAAUUACUACUUCAGUCAAUCACACAAAUCUUGGACUGAUUACGGGUGUUUCGCUGCCUUCCUUUUUGCCAAAGUUACAGAGCAAGAGGAGGGAGAAGUUUGCAUUAACCUUAAUGAAAACAAGAAAAUACCAAUUGGCGAAUUGAUCCAUAGAUUGCUUGGGCCGAAAAACACUGACUGGGUUGGAAAACCAAAACUCUUUUUCCUUAUUGACACACAAGUCGCGGCAACUGACAGCACACCAAAGGCAAAAAGCACAAAAGCGGUUGACACAUUCAGAGUGACCAAUCACAGCGGAUGGCUCUUGUUUGUUCUUCGAAAUAUGAACUCGCUCGAAAAAUUCGUCGACAUCUUCCAGAACCAGGAAAUCAAGAGAACGAAAAGCCUUCAAGAAAGCCUAAGCGAUUUAAUCGUGGAAAAGAAUAUUGGAAUUAAAACUCCCAAGGCGAUGAUGGUUUCAACUUUGCCUCACCUGUUGUUUUUCCCAAUUUUAGAGAGAAAUUUUAUACAGCCGGAAUUCCGUGUGGAAGGAAAGGGAUUUCAAUCAGAGAAAGAAGUGGAAUGGAAAGAUUUAUUGAAAUCAGAAAAAAUCAAAGAAUCAAAUUGUAUUUGGCUUUUGUCAUCGGUUCCAGGAUCUGGAAAGUCGACGGUGAUGCGCGAGUUGGCUUUUGAAAUGCAAAGAACAUUGAAAGGCGAAAUCAAAGUCUUCCGUGUUGUUCUUUAUGACACUUUUGAUCUUUUCUCUGCUGCUAAAAAGAAAAGAAAAGUUCCGUCACUUGCUUCGGUUGUUUCUCACGCGACCGGAAACCGAGAGAUGGAAAUUCAGAAUCUUAUCGAGCAGAAAAAAAUCAUGUUGAUGUUUGACGGAUUUGACGAAAUUUGCCCCUUUAACCGAGAUCAAGUGCUUCAAAUUUUUACAGAAGCAGUGAAGGAAAAAGUUCCCAUUUGGAUUUCGACGCGACCGCACGAGGAAGCCGCGAUUCGUGCAAAGCUCGAAAAGGGAAACCGAGUUUCCAGAGUACAAAUUAUGCCUUUGGAUUUGAAGAAGCAAAUUGAACAUUUGAUGAUGAUUUCAAACAAAUGCGAGGAGGAAUGCACACGUCAGAUCACUUUCUACAGAGAAAAUGGCUUGGAAGAUAUUCUGAGAAACCCUCUUCACUUGAAAAUGAUCGCAGAACUCCCAGCUGAGUCAGAUUACAAACAAGGGACAAACUUGUACGAAAUGUACGAAAGAAUUGUGCAUAAAAAAAUACGGCUCGCGCUGACCCAUUUUAGUGGUCCUUUAUUAGAGAAAGCGCUGAUCUCUGGUGAAAAGGAACUGAAAAUCGCUGCAGCUCAAUUUCUAUGCAACAGGAAAAGUGAGGUUUUGAAAAAUACCAACAACGAAAUUGUUACAAUCGGCAACGGACGCGCCCAGUUCGUUCAUCAAACGUUUGCUGAAUUUCUCGCAGCUGCGCAUUUUGUCGAUUGUUUGUUAAAGGAAGAAGAAGAAAUGCCCUUUGAUAUUUUUAAAGAUGGAUUCCGUCAGGUCCGCAAGUUUGCUGACAUGAAAGUUUCUACGAUUAGUGAGAAAUCAAAUUUUCCCACGAGGAUGGAAAGUUACUUGAAAAAAUUACUAACAAAAUCGAUUCUCAAAGAUAUAAUCUUGAAAGAAAAACUCGGCUUUUUUGGUACCGCAGCCGCCAAUCUUGUUACUUUCAAUCCGACUAAAUCAAAAGGAUUGAAUUUCGUUGCUGACCAAAUUUUGGAGUUGGCCAGUUCAGAAAAUGAAAACUUUGCACUUGCCCUAUUAAAAAAUGGCGCAUAUGAAAAUUUGGCAGAGCCAAACACAGCUGCUGUAAAAAUUCUCGUAAAUGCAAUCGAAAAUAAUUUUGCUUAUCUUUUUACCGCGAUAAGUGAAAAAUGUGCUAAUUUGAUAGAGUUAGUUUGGAACAAUGAAACAAUUAGGGAAGCAGUGGAAAAAGCUUGCAAAAAAAAUUAUCGAAAAGUAUUGAGGCUGGUGUUUGAAAAAGGAAUCAUAGGUUCAAAUUACCAAGAUGCUUUAAACGUGGCACUGAAAUCUGCUGUUCAGGAAAACAGCACCGAGUGCGUUGAACUUCUGAUUAAAAACGGCGCUCCAACCGCCGACUUUGAUGAAGAUGACUUUGAAUAUUUAAACAUAAAAACGACGGAAGCGAUGCUCAAGACAAAGGACGAGCCCGUGUUAAAAUUGGCAUCAAGAAUUUUCAAUCGUUCCAUCGAAAGUGCAAAUGCCAAAGUGGCAAAGUUUUUGUUUGAUAAAUUCAGUGAUGUGGAAAAUGCAGAGUUUGAAGUGAGCAGCAGAGCCUUAAUUGAUGUAGCAAGGUGGAGCCAUGAUUACGAAACAGCGCAAAUGUUGUGUCACUGGCUUCUUGAAAAACGUGGUUUCCAGGUACGUGAAAAAGACAAAUAUGGGCGGAACGCUUUUCACUGUGCAGUAGAAAAGGGAAAUAAAGGUUUGGUAAAAUAUUUCCUUGAAAAGGACCCUGCGCUCACCAAGACUUUAACAAAUGAAGGAGAAAACGCCAUGCAUUUAAUUUUAAGAGCACUUGAUUCAGAAAGGAAAAUUGAAAUGUGCAAGUAUUUAAAUAAUCUUGAUGCUGAGAUGGUGAAGCAAAAAAAUGCGCAAAACAAAACAAUUCUCCAUUUGGCUGCACAAGUUGGAAAACUUGUUUUGUGCGAAUGGUUGGUGGAAGAAAUUGGACUUGAGGUGGACGCUGUUGACGAUUGCGGAUGGAACGCUAUGCAUUUUGCUGCUUCUGAUUAUAACGUUGAAAUAAAACUCUUGGAAUAUUUGCACGAAAAAAGUCCGCAAUUGAUCGAGAAGAGGACCAACAAAAAUGAAACUGCAUUGCAUCUUGUGGCCAAGAAUGAAGAGGGGAAAGUCAACAUUUACAACUGGUUCGUCAAAAAAGGCGUCGAUGAAUCAGUGCAGAAUUCGGAAGGAAAAACUGCUUUGCAAGAGGCUCAUGAAUAUUUUCUUACAGAAUUCAAGUUAAAAAAAAAAAACCAAUGGGUUCUCCAAUAAAUGUAAAAUUAAUAGUUUAACUUUCUUUGGCGCUUUAAACAAAUAAAUUAGGCAAACUAACUUUAUAGAUUGAAGGAUUGAAGGAUGUUUUUUUUUAAGAAAUAAAAGAUAAUCGAAGAUGAUUUGUUUUUAUUCAGUUGUUCGCCAUUUAAAAAUUUGUGGCUUUUGUUUUUUUAAAGACCUAUCUUUCUAAAAACAAAAAAUAUAUUACGUGUGUUUUUUGUUAAAUGUCAUUAAAUGAAUACUUGCAAAGUCAUCCCGUUGCAGGAUUCGAACCUGAACCAAGCUGAGACACGCACGUACGCAGUGCAAAAAUUUAAAACCAGCUCAACGUGCUACAAGUUACGCUAUCUUUUGUCGUUUAGUAUAUUAAAUUGGAUUACGUCAUCAAGUUAUUUGUAAAUGAGCAAAUGAGCUUUUAA